AUGGGUCGACUGAAUGGAUUAAAAGUUAGUUCACAGUGGGAUGAAACUGACCCAUCCAUUGAGGAUGAGAUCCUAGAGGCAUAUUCAGAGCUUGCCGGAGAGGAGGAUCUCCAUCUUAACCAGCUUGAAGAGUUAUUCCAUCGGCUCCAGAUCCCGGGUUGCUUUACGCGUCAAUUGCUUCAACUGGUAGACCAAUUCUACGCUAUCUUGGACAGUGGCGCCAGCAUCAAUCUCAAAGACACCUCCCAUUUGAUGGUGGUGUUCAUGGUUCAAAACUUGACCAUCACUGAUCCCCAAGUUACGUCUAUACAUGAGUGCCUUGAUAUUGUUGAUAUUGACAAGUUAUUGACACGAGGAACCAAACUUAUCAAGUUUCGAGACAAUUACCAACACAUCACUGAUACUUGGCGCUUAUUUGGGUGCAAGGAGAAUGAUACAUUAACGAUCCCUCAAUUGCAGAAGAUAAAGGAAGAGCUUAAUGUCGAAGUGAGUGACCAGAUGCUCAUCGAUAUGGUCAGUUGCGGCAAGGAAUUCAACUUUGAAGGUGCCUGUGUAGGGAUCCUUACAUUUGGAGAGAUCUUGGGCAAGCUAGGUGAGCUUGAUGCUCGGUGA